UGCUGUGAUUGGCUGAGCGGACAUCUCUGUGUCUGUAGGACAGAGACGCCUGCGUCAUUUCUGCUCCUGUGUCCUCGACGCGUUAGAACGAUGCUGCUCAACAAGGUACUCAGAGCCGGCGUGCGGUCCGGGAUCCGGCUGCAGAGCACCAGUGCUGCUGAAGCCAGUGCUUCAGCAUCCUCCACCCACUCAUCCCUCGGGUUCUCAUUUGAGAUGACGGAUCAGCAGAAGGAGUUCCAGCAGCUGGCGAGAAGGUUUGCACGUGAAGAGAUCGUCCCUGCCGCAGCUGCUUAUGACAGGAGUGGUGAAUAUCCUUUCCCCAUCAUCAAGAAAGCAUGGGAGCUUGGUCUCAUGAACAGUCACAUUCCUCAGGAGUAUGGUGGAAUGGGCUUGUCCAUCUUCGACAGUUGCCUCAUCACAGAGGAGUUGGCUUACGGCUGCACAGGAGUGCAGACCGCUAUCGAGGCAAACUCUCUGGGACAAAUGCCUGUUAUUAUUGCUGGCAGUGAUGCUCAGAAGAGGAAAUACCUGGGGAGGAUGGCUGAGGAGCCUUUUAUGUGUGCGUACUGCGUCACUGAGCCGGGGGCAGGCUCCGACGUGUCCGGCAUCAAGACGCGAGCUGUGAAGAUGGGUGAUGAGUAUGUUGUUAACGGGCAGAAGAUGUGGAUCACAAACGGUGGGAAAGCCAACUGGUACUUCCUCCUGGCUCGUACCAACCCAGACCCCAAAUGUCCAACCGGCAAGGCCUUUACUGGCUUCAUCUUAGAUGCCGACACUCCAGGAAUUCAGGUUGGAAGGAAGGAGAUGAACAUGGGCCAGAGAUGUUCUGAUACCAGAGGCAUCACCUUUGAGGAUGUCAGGAUACCGAAGGAGAACGUCCUGAUCGCAGAGGGAGCUGGCUUCAAAAUUGCCAUGGGAGCCUUCGACAACACAAGGCCACCGGUGGCAGCAGGAGCCACAGGCCUGGCUCAGAGGGCACUGGAUGAAGCCACUCAUUACGCUCUGGAGAGGAAGACCUUCGGCAAAGUUAUUGCUGAGCACCAGGCCGUGUCCUUCCUUCUGGCUGAGAUGGCGAUGAAGGUGGAGCUGGCCAGGAUGGCGUACCAGCGCUCGGCCUGGGAAGUGGACCAGGGCCGCAGGAACACCUACUUCGCUUCCAUCGCCAAGGCCUUCGCUGGAGACAUCGCCAAUCAGGUGGCCACUGACGCUGUUCAGGUGUUUGGGGGCAACGGGUUCAACAGCGAAUACCCGGUGGAGAAGCUGAUGAGAGACGCCAAGAUCUACCAGAUCUAUGAGGGAACGGCUCAAAUCCAGAGACUCAUUAUUGCCAGAGAACUUCUGGGAAAAUACAAGAAGUGAACUCUGCACGCCUGAGGUCCUCUUCGAAUGUUUUUUGUUGAAACUUUUCUGCUCCUGGAAAUAGAUCUGCUCACUUAAAAGACAGAGCAAAAUGUUGUUUGCCUUAAUACUCUUUCAUCCAGCCUUGCUUCUUCAGGUUAAUCCAGACUGUAUUGGUAGAAACAGAUGUUUGAACAACCUUCAGUUAAUGGUUUUAUAGAGCUGUCGGGAGAUGCUCAUUGUAAUAUUGAGACCCAUGGUGAAGAGAUGACUCCAGAUCUUCACCUGGUGCUUAAAUUUAUUUUAGUUUUCAGUUCCAUGCAGUGACAAUGUAGGAAUGUGCAGAGUUGAGAACAAAAAAAUUAAAAGAUACUAAACAAACAAACAAACAAAAACUCUUCAAACUGAAAUCAUAUACUAGUUACUAGGCCACUGACUCAUGGGCUCUCGUACACACAACCUCCAGGCCCAAAUUUAACGUCCUCCUGAGGAGCAUCUACCCACCGGCUUUAAAGUGGAAGCCCCUCCUACAAGACACACCCCAUCUGGACUGGCUUUUAUGUGGUACACUCCAGAUUCCCCUCUCUAUAAAUGGAGUUGGAAUCUCCCACUUCCUGUUUGCCAGUGUGACCAGGACCCUACAUGAAGGGUGGAUAUGACAUCACAAACACAUGUACCCAAAACAUUAAAUAACAAUAAAUGUUUGUGAAAUAAAACUGUGUCGUUGAGUUACACGGUCACUUGCCCAUCAUUCUUAAACUAUACAUUUAUAGUUGUUGGAGGACGCUGAUGAUAAACUUGGACAUAUUUGACUUAAUAAGUUGAUGAGGCUGCCAUCGUUUUAUUUUUGCGAGGUGAGAUUGUGUCUUUGUGGGGGUGGAGGGGCCGGUUCAGUCACACAGACACACUAAUGCAACCCUAAUACAGUUAAGAUUUAUUCAUGUGACAUAUUCAUGUGAUAUAUCCCCAUAAAAUCAGAGAUGAUAAUGUCUCUUUCAUUUCUCUGCAUCAUGUGUCUCUGACAUCAAGUGUGUUUCUGUCAUUCUGUGUAUCUUAAAGAAAUCUAAUGUAGUGGGUGCAGUGCACAUUUUUCAUACAAUAAAAACCAAUGAACUCUU